AACCCAAAUUAAAAUUUGAGGGAAAAAGAAAAAAAAAAAGAAAAAAAAAACCGCCGCCGCAGCCUCAGCCACAGGCAACCGCAACCUACGCCGGCACGACGCUCUCCGCCACAGUCUCACGCCAACAUACCUCUAUCGGAAACGGUGCUGCAACAUUUCUUUCUCUUCUCACUUUCACUCUCUCUGCUGCAACCACGCUGGCACGCCCGACUACCUAGCCUUCUUCUGUUCGUCGCCGACGGCCCUCUGCAUUCCGUUGCUCGUCGACUAGCGGGGGGUUUGAAUGUCGAUGGGAAGUGAUACCACAUGGGUUGGAAAGAAACCUCUGAGGCGAAUCGGAGGAAUGUCCGAUGCCCUCUCAAUUGCUGCCGAUCUCGGUUUCUCUGUCUCUCCGCCUUCACAGGAAGACCUGCAAAAUAUUUCUGCUGCUACUGGUGAGCAGGGUGAUGAUCUAAUCAGAGUUUUACGAGAGCUUGCUGCUGUUCAAAGGAAAAUAGCAGACCUUCAAGUGGAACUCCAAGGCCGUAAGAAUGAGAAGAAUGUAACUCAUUUGACACAUGUGAGUGAAAUGCAAAAGAAGAUUGAGACUUUAUCAAGGAUUACUACCAUAUUGAAAGGUGUCAUCCAGAAUAAGGAUCGUAUAAUAGUUCGUCUUCAGCAACCGUAUUCAGUCGAUUGCAUUCCAGUGGAAGCAGAAUUUCAGAAACAAUUUUCCGUGUUGUUGAGGAAGGCUGCUAGUGAUUAUGGAGCUUUGACAGCUUCAGUUGCUGAUCUCCAAUGGAGUCAGAACUUUAGGGAGUCGCCUUCAGUGUGGGGGGAAAUGCUUAGGCCCAUCCCUGUAGCUUUAGCUUCUUGCACUGGAUUCUUUGAAGCCAUGAGUGCUAUGAGGGAGUCCUUUGCAACACUACAGAAUCUCCGAGUAGGUAAUCCGAAUCCAUCUUUGCCUACGCCCCGACCCAUCGAUCCAUCCCUUCGUGUCGUAGUCGAUUCGAACUGCAUCACACCACCUCCAUGGCAAUCCGAAUCGAGCUUUUUUGAUGAAUUGGCCAUCAAAAGCCUCCAUAGACAAGAAAAUUGACAACAACAAAAUGAA